UUCAGAAUUAAAAGUCCACCUUCACAGGCAGUAAGAUAAUAUAGAUAAGUGACACCAUCACCCUGUUUCAGAUGUUAACAUGUUUAGGUGUGUUAGGGGUGCUUUCAGACCACACAACCUUGUGCCGCAAAGUGGAAUUCCUGGGCCAGAGGGAGGCAUUUGAUAGCCACGUUAUGAUCUUCUCAAUGAGUGUAAAGGCAGUCUUGUUUCAUUUUGGAUUCUUUCUUCUGUUGUUAUCUUAUAAGGGGACUUUGCACUUCCAAGCAUAUAAUAAUUUUUGGCUAGCUUUUAAUCAUUGACUUCUAGCACAAUUCUGUGACCAGAAACCUGCUGUGUGAUUAGAUUUGUCUGAAAUAUAUUGAGAUUUGUUUGAUGAACAAAAUAAGUUGGGUUAAUUUUUGUAAAUGUACCUUGCGUGCUUAAAACCAGUGUAGCUCCAACAUUUGUUCCUGAGAUACAGGAUGAUGGACGAUGGCUGCGUGGAUGUGAUGGAGAUGCUUUACUGUUGGGACCUUCCACAUCCUUCUGAUGUUUUGUUGCUUAGAAUAUGAGUGGCUGAAAGGGAGCUGUAGAGCCUCCCACUCUGCUUGUGUGUGAGGUUCUUCCUGCCAUCCCGCCAUCAUUUGUUUCUUAUGUUUUGCAGCCAGGACUGACCAUGAGAAACCCUGGAAGCUCAGGAAGGAAGGAGCCGCCAGAAGCAGGGACAGGGAGCUGGUGGGGAAGACCAGAAAUGAGGCCAUCAGUUUUCCACCUGAUUUUUUGUAUCCUGGGCAUGACUUUCUUGGCGUUCUAUGGAUGCUUUUCACUAUUGUGUUUCUGGGAGUUUCUACAGUUGGCCUUUUCCUCCGAAAAAUUAGCUUCUGUCUCUGUGCUCAAGCCUUGGAGAGGGAGAUGGCAGAGAGCAAGGCUGCCUACAAGCAGCACAGAUGGGAAAUGAGGAAAAAGAAGAGAGUGCCAGGGAGACACAUGAGUGAGGAGCCAGCCCAGAAACGCCUGUGCCUGAACAACGCCUUCUGGCGAGAUUCAGGACCUCAUUUGGUUCCCGUGAGGAGCAGCAGCUGCGUCCCUAGAGAAAACAUAGAGAAGACAAAGGUAAAUGCUGGGGUCAUUUUCACUCUGCCUGUAUCAGGACACUGUAGUCUUUUCCUCUCUCGUCCUCUCCUGACCUGGCCUCUGCUAUGUAGGUUCUGUGAUGCCUUUUCUGUCGGGACUUUUCAGAAGCAAAAUGUUUCCCAUAAGCUUUCUGGCUUCUUCAUUCCCAGCUAUUCAUCUUGGGUGGCACCUCCAGAAGCCAUAAAUGCUUAGGGACUGAGGGCUGAAGGGCUUUUACUGUUCUGUUUCCAAAAUAACAUGAGGAAUGCCACUGACCUCCACUUUCUUAGGUCUCAUGGCCCAGUGAACUCUGAC